GAUUCUGGCCAGCGCCUUUCCAGCGCUUGUCGGUCGCGGUUGUUCUACGGGCAGCGUGCGCUUCACCGGGGAAGGAAAGAUAGGCUCGGGUUCGUCGCUUUCGGAGGAUCUUUCGGAGUGAAACGCAGCGCCGGGCUCAGCGUGCACGUUACCGGGUGCGUCGUUGCGUUGUCGUCGGUGUUUAACGCCGCUGCAGGCCUUCGUAGCGUAAAUUGUUUUCAUUGCGCGGCUGCCAGAAGCGCGAUGAUGCAGACUGCUCAGAACGUGUGUCGACGCAGCGUAUGAUAAGUGUUUUUCGUCGUGGUGACGUGUGCCCUUGUGUCGUGCGCGGAGGAUUAUUCCGAGGGCCCCCGAUCAGCGAGCGGAACAACCAUGGCGGAGUACGAGGAAAUGGUGCGACUUGUCGAUGGCGCCUACAAGAACAUCUUGGAGAAGUUCAACCCCUGCGCGAGGCAACUCAUCGCAGCCGGGAAGACGUACCUGAAAGCAUUGCACGCUGCCGUCGCCGCUUCCAAGGGAUACAUGGACGCCAUCUCUCGGCUAGCCCGCCAUGCCCACCAGGCCACUUGGGGAGGGUGCACGGAUAUAGGCACAGCUUUGAUGCAGCUCGUGGACGUGCAAAAGGAGAUUGAGAACCAGCAGAUGAACGUGCUCAAGGCCUUCUACGUGGACGUGAUCGUUCCGCUGGAAUCCAACAUCGAGAAGGACGCCAAGGUGGUUGCCAGCGAGCAGAAGCGGUUCAUGCAGCAGCAGAAGACGCACCACGAGUCCUACCUCAAGAUCGCCUCCAUCGUCAAGAAGCAGCGCAAGAAGAGCCGGGCCGGAAACCGGGGCUCCAACGUCGACAAAGAGAUAAAGCAAAUGCAGAGCUUGGAGGAAGAGAAAGGCAAGCUGGACGGCUUCUGCGAGAGCAGCUUGAAGCAGGCCAUCACACAGGAGCGGCGACGGUUUGGCUUCGUCCUAGAGCGACAGUGUUCCCUCGCCAAGCACUACAUGGCCUACACAGCAAAGGGACACGCUCUGCUGCAGCAGAACGUCGAGGGUUGGCUGGACAUUGUCAGAACCAGGGAGACGCUACCGGAGUCCAUCAGCAAGAUCUUCAACACGGUGCCUGAACUUCGGCUCCCCGUGCGGUGCAGCAGCGAGUACGCCUGCUCGGGCAUCCUGUCCGACCCGGAGUGCUCGUACGGGGGCAGCCUGUCGCGCAGGCUGCCGCGCAGCACCGACAACAGCUGCGUCGACCUGCGCUCCCUCAUCGCCGACCCGUACGGCCUGCCCCCGAGGUCCAGCAUGGCGAGGGCCAAGUCGGACUUCAACCUCGCCUCGUCCACGGCGAGCCUCGACUCGGCCGAAUACGUGAGCCCGAGCCGCGGAGGCGGGAGCCCCCUGGCGGGAGGCAUGGCGCUGGGCGUGACGGCGGGCGACAGGCCGCGGGUUCGAGCCCUGUACGCGUACCUGUCGAGCGGCGAGCACCAGCUCAGCUUCCACGAGGGGGACGUGAUCGCGCUCGUCGGAGGCCGCAACAAGGGGUGGCAGUACGGCGUCAACCUCAGGAACAACAGGUGUGGCUGGUUCCCCAUAGCCUACACGGAACCGCACGACCCGGGAGAUGCAUCGGACUUCGACAGCUUCAUCAGUGGCUCGGACAGUUCUGCGGCAGUGCCGUCAUCAUCGUCCGAGUCCUCCGGAGGUUCGUCUGGCCUGGGUCGCUGGCGACCUCGCAGCACCUACUUCGCCAGCGACUUCAUGUUACCCCCGGGCCCCGCCCCGCGUCGUCCACUGUCCAGCUUUGCUGACGCUCCGUCCUUCCCCCUACGGCUGGACCCGGGUGGCGAGGACGUCGCCAACGAGCCCCAUCAUCGAGGGGUACAACCCAAUCUACUUCCGGCCUCCGGUUCUCCCGGAAGAGGACGAGGAAGAGAAGCAGGAUCCUCCUCUUCCGGCGUCUCCUCAGCAGCCUCCUCAGCCACAGGAAUCCCCUCGGGCGGCUGCUCAUCCUCCUGCGGCGCCACCCCCUCCUCCACCUCCGCCACCGCCCCUGCCACCAUCCAUCCCGUGUACGGCCGGCACACCCCCGUGGCGGGCUGCGGAACCCUGAGGCCCCCGCGCCGCUCCAUGACGUCGCCGUGCCCGUUCCCGCUGCUGCCCCCGCCGAGGCUGCCACCGCCCGGGAGCCUGCUGCACGGGAGCAGCGACAGCGGCUUCGGCAACGAGGCCACCGCCGCCAGCGCCACCGCGCCGGCGGCGUCGUCAACAGCGGGAUCGGCAGCCGGAGGGACGACGUCGACGACGGUGCCUGCGUCGCCCGACGUCAAGGCGACGGCGACGCUGACGCGUCAGGACAGCGUGAGGGAGGAGGAUGAAGAGCAGGAAGAACAGCCCAGAGACAAUGUCUUCUCGUCAGUCAAACUGAAGAAGGUGUUAACCGAUGACCGAUCAGCGCCGAUGAUCACGUGAGGCAAAAGGCCGUCUCUUCUUUCUUUCUUUCUUUUUUUUUCGUCGCCGCCUCGUGUGAUCGGUGACGAAGCAACGCCCACAGCAACCCAGAAGAGACAUUCCAGACCGUGGCCAAUGCAGCAGCUCUGUCCGAAGAACAUCCAUUCCUGCCGAGGACACUCUUUGUUUUCUUUACUUUUGCACGACUCUCGUACUGUUAUUGUUUUUCCUCUCCUUUUCUUUGCUUCUAGCAUACCUGUACUAUUUUAUAAGGGCCCAUACUCGGACGUCGUUGGAAGAAUGUUUGUACACAGAACGAUCAGGACGCCGUCAUCGGCGCCCCUUCUUAGUAAAAUAUAAAUAUAUUAAAAUAUAUGUAUACAUAUGUAUAAAACGGUUGCGCGCGACUUGUUGACCUGUACAACGCGUUGGGAGCAUCUUUGCUAAUAAAACGCCCACAACCCCCACCUUA